GGAAUCUUUCCUACCAACUUUAUUUCUUGUCUCUCUUUUUUUUUAUCGACAUAUUUUACAUUCAUGAUGCAUCAAAAAGAAACAUGGCAAUUGCCUUCCAUUUCAUUGAAAGAACUAACCUACAAAAAAGAGGCAUUCAGGGAAUCUUAACACCUAUUCAACCUAGUAUGGUUUCAAUGGAAGCAGCACUACCUGUCAAACUUCAACCAUUAUUACUUAAACCAAAUCCUAAGCUUCAAAUCGUUCUCCCUCCCCCAUUUACACUCUUGGCUGAGAAUGACAAGCAAGACGCAAUAUCUAAGGAACCAUUGGUUCGCAAAGCAAGCAUUCCUUUACUUUUAAAUCCAGUCAAGGAGAAAACAGCAAGUUUAGGAAUCAAGCAAUAUAUUUGCACAUUUUGUCAGAAAAAGUUCAUGCGGCCAUCUUCCUUGAAAAUCCACACAUAUUCGCAUACAGGAGAGAAGCCCUUCCAUUGUAGUUACCCUGGAUGUAGACGCAAGUUUAGUGUCCAAAGCAACAUGAGAAGACAUCUGCGUGUUCACUGCGACUAGAGUCUCCUUUGUUUUAUUGUAUCAUAUGUGUUAUAAACAUAUUUAAUUAAAUAUUUAUGUGGCUUAUAUGAUAAAUGUUUCUUGUCAUAAUUGAUCUAAAUUUGUGUUACAUACAAUUUGAUCAAUGGUCUGAGCACAAAUUGACAUGUUGAAAAUGUCCUAUAAUAUAGAUAGAAGAAAUGAACUGUAUAUAAGCAACUAUUUAGUAUUGAUUAAAAAAAAAGAUCAAUAAAACAAUUAUACAUUAUUCUCAAUAAAGUAGUAUUGCAAUAUUUGUUUUUUUUUCAACUAGUACUUAUUUAUAAAAUUGCUGUAAAAAAU